AUGGCUUCAUCCUCUGGCAAAAUACCCUGGGAUACGUAUACUCGCCACGAGUUGUUCCAGAAGUACGGCAAUGUCGUCCGCACUGGCCCCAAUGAGUUAUGCUUCGCAGACAUAAAUUCCAUCAAAGAGAUCUAUGGCCAAAGUGCAGAGCCAUGCCUCAAGAAUUCUUUCUACGAUGGCUUCACGUUAACUGGAGGAACACAUUCCGUCUUCUCCUCCAGAGAUCGUGCGGCUCACGCCCGAAUGCGCAGACUCUUAUCCAACGGUCUCUCGGAGCGUGGAGUACUUCGUGUACAAGACGAGCUCAAGGUGAUGAUUGAGCGAUAUCUAGACAUAAUUCUCGAACAGUCUAAGAUACGGUCCCCAGACAAGGGUAGACAGCGCGAAACUCCUGUUAUCGAGCUCCACGACCUGACUCAUAACCUCUACCAUGAUAUUAUCAGCCUCCUCAGUUUCGGAAAAUCAUUCGACAUCCUUGCAAAUGGACGCAAAAACCAAGGUGCUGAAGACAUUGAAACGUACUUUAGCAUAUGUCCCCUUUAUGGCACCUUCCCCCUGGCACGAUAUCUUCCAUUCGGAAUCUUCAAAGCCGCCCGGCAAGCACAGCCGCGAAUCAUCAAGUUCGUGCAAUCUUGUAUCGACGAUUACAGAGAUAGACUCACCCACGAGAAGAAUGGAGGUGCUGUGUCGUCACAAGAAGGCCUUCUCCGACUUAUGCUCGAAGCCAAAGAUGAAGAAACAGGCACGACGUUUUCGGAUGAAGAGCUCAUUGAGAACGCUGUUAUUUUCAUCCUCGCUGGGAGCGGGACCACCGCCUCAACACUCCUCUACCUGAUUUAUGAGCUAGGUAGAAGACCACAUAUGCAACGAAGGCUCGAGAAGGAAAUUCGAGAUGCUUUUCCUGAGCCGGCCGUCUUCCCGGACUUCGAUACUGCCACAAGACUGCCAUAUCUCAACAACAUCGUCCAAGAAGUCCUUCGUCUCCGUGGGCCUAUCCCCACGACAGCACCACGCCUCUCACCCGGGAAAUCAAUCGGGGGCCACCACAUCCCUGCGGGCGUGACCGUUAGCAACCUACCUUACAGUACUCAGCGCGAUGCGACCGUCUUCCCAGAUCCGCACACCUUCGAACCCGACCGCUGGGACGAACCAACACCAGAGAUGAAGCUCAUGAACCGCCCGUUCAGCUCAGGCCCGCGCAACUGUGUCGGCAUGCAUCUUGCUCGCGUGCAGCUGUUCCUCACGGUCGUGGCGCUGUAUCAAAGAUUUGACAUCGAGGUGGACCCGUCCACAACGGAGGAGAUGAUGGUGCUGCGGGAUCAGGGUAUCAUGACGCCUGUGGGGAGAAAGCUGUGGUCUUCAGAAAGCCAAGACUCGGCAUCCCCACCCGCGGCUGUCAGCCUCAGUUUUCUCAAAGCUACCCAAGGCUUCUCCCUAGCCACUCUUCAGAAACUUUUGGAACGGCCCUGGAUACCGAAGUAG